UCCUCAACUUCCUUUUUUGGACCAUCUCCUCCCAUCUCGUCUCGUUGAAGAUACUUUUAGUCCCCCCACGAUCGAGUCGAGUCCUUACCGCGUGUUCUCAACUGCCUCCGGAAGUCCAAAGAAUGACAACAUGUGCUGACCAGGUGAGACAUCUGGUACCUGUCCAUGGUGCUGAAGCGGAUUCGUCUUUUUUGGCAACGGUGAGACACUUGACCUCGCUUGGACUCAGUGGAUGGACGCCUGGGAGGAUUUAGAAGUUGAUUUGACAUUUCCAAACUUGUCCUGAACACCAAAUGGUCGUUUGAAGAAAAUGGAGGCGUCCGCCAACGGGUCCAGUUUCGGCAUCGACUCGCUGCUGUCCCACAGACCCGGCAGUCCGCUCUCUAAGGCGGGCAGCCUGGCGGGGGAGUGCCGCUCGCCGCUGGAGUUCAGCCCGAGAUCCGACGCGGAGAGCCGCUGCUCGUCGCCGCCCUCGCCCGGGAGGGAGUGUUCGGACGAGGUGGCCCAGAGGCACGGCCACGGCCUGCCGCCUCACCUCCAGCACGGCCCGGCUAUCUCGGCGGGGUCCCAGCAGAGGACCAUGACCUCGUCCUUCCUUAUCAGAGACAUUCUGGCGGACUGUAAGCCUCUGGCUGCCUGCGCGCCUUACUCCAAUAACGGACAACCUACGCAGGAGGCCGGCAGGCUGGCCGCCAAGAUAGCGGAUGACUUUAUGGAGAAAAUACACAGCAACUCUUCCUCAGACAGCGAAUAUAAAGUGAAAGAGGAGGGGGACAGAGAGAUCUCCAGCAGCAGAGACAGCCCUCAGGUCCGGCUCAAGAAGCCCCGGAAGGCCCGGACGGCCUUCACGGACCACCAACUGGCGCAACUUGAGCGCAGCUUUGAGCGCCAAAAGUACCUGAGCGUCCAGGACCGCAUGGAGCUGGCGGCAUCACUCAACCUCACCGACACCCAGGUCAAAACCUGGUACCAGAACCGCAGGACUAAAUGGAAGCGGCAGACCGCAGUGGGACUCGAACUGUUGGCGGAGGCCGGGAACUACUCAGCCCUGCAGAGGAUGUUCCCGUCGCCCUACUUCUACCCACAGAGCCUGGUCUCCAACCUGGACCCGGGAGCGGCCCUCUACCUGUACAGGGGCCCUUCAGCACCCCCACCCGGCCUACAGAGGCCCCUGGUCCCUCGGAUCCUCCUGCACGGCUUGCAGGGAGGAAGCGAGCCACCUCCCCCGCCUCCUCUGCCCCCCAUGUCCGGUGUCCUCCCUCGGCCGGCUCAGCAGCGGUGAGCCGGAGAACCGGAAGCAAUAGAAGCGAAAUAAAAGACCUUUAGGAGCCUUUAGGAAGAAAGACAACAAGGAUGCAACUUUUUUCAACGGAACUCCUGGAAGAUGAUUUACUUUCUUUUGUUUUUUUUGGACAUAUUUAUGGCUUAUUUAUAUUUCUGUAUAAAUCAAAAUCUCUAAGUUAUGUAUUUAUUUAAACCCAUCAUACAUGCUGGUGCUGUCUAUCCAUAAAUGCCACCUCUAUUAUUUUUUUUAAAACGAUAUUAUUAGUAAUAAAAGUGCAUCCUUCAUAGUUAUGAUUUUAAUAUUUUUCCUGUGAACUUUGACCCAUGUUAAAAAUGUCCAAACGUGUAAAUAAGAAUAUUUUACAUGACAAUGAAGGCGAACUACAUUUCAUUCUAGGCUAGAUUAGCCAUUCCAAAAAAAAGUGUUCCAUUGAAGGGGGGGUUGGGGGGGGUAUGGAUUGAAAUCAAACUAUUUUUAUUUGUUGACUUACAUAAAAUGCCAAAUAAUUUAUUUCAGCCCAUCACUGCAUAUUUUUUUUAUUUGCGAAAUUAUAAAAAUGUUUUUUUUUUUUAAUAAACAACCUGUUGCGUUGCUCUGGAUGUAUUUAAAGAACAAAUCUUGUGCAUUUUUUAAAAAUGUUAUUUCAUAUUAUGACGCCGUGAUGACUUUUAUCUGUUCUCUACUUUGGUGGAAAAAAAAUGUAAUAUUGCAGAUAUCAAACUUGUGGAGUGGUUCUCGUUUCUUUAUCCGUUCCUCAAGUUCAUUUUUUUUUUGGUGGAAAAUAUUUACAGUAUACGGUAGGACAGAAAAUGGGGCGAUUUGAUGUACAAAAUACUUUUCUA